CGAACCUUCGACGACGUCGGAGAGACAGGCACAGAGAGACGCACAUACACACGCGCGUGCACCUGGACUUUUUCGUGUGACUUCGUGUGCGUGACGACUCCUUCUCUGCAGAUAUCCGUCGGGAGGAAUAUAUAUAAAUCCGUGGUAAGAAAAAUGACAUAGAAACUAUGGGAUAACUCUGUGACGAGCCAUCAACAUCACCUUCCUACUGUUGAAAAAAAAAUAUACAAGUUUUUGUCUGCCAAGAAUCUCUGUUUAGACGCAAAAUAAAAAUAAAAAACAAUACAGAAAAGAAAUUUAGAAACUGAAUAUAAGACGUGGACCUUUGACCCCCACCCCACCCCCAACCCCCCACCCCUCCUUCCCUCACACCCCUUUUCCUUCCAGACGUUGGAAUCAUAUCAGAGACCUCAGCGUCGUUUAUCUGUAGUGACCUAAGCCCUGAUGACAAUUGGGAAAGACUUCUGAAAGAAAAGUUUUGAAAAGACUAGCGGGCGUUGUUGUUACCUCAAGGGACCUUCGAAGAAGGCGCUCCGCUCAGGAAAGAGGCCCCGCUGUCUCCGAAACCAGAUCUGAAGAAGUAGCAGCAGCAGACGCAGGAGAAAGGCAGCCACAGAGGAGAAGGAGGGUCUGUGUCCUUCCCAUGAUCCACGACAGGCGUCCCAUUCCACCGUGCCCGAAGUCAACUACAGGAGGAGGAGAACAGUGGAGACCCGUAGGUUUCAGUUGGGCGGGCGAGGAGUCUGCCCGGAGUCCGGCCUUGAGGGUAACUGAUGCCCCAGUGUGGUGUUGAGACUGGAGGAGGAGCCUGGCUGGCCCGCCCCAUCAUUCACUACCCAUGCUUGUAUCAGGCCAAUACCACGUCUACUUCAGUGUUCUGCAGUCCAACUGUGGGAGUGAGGCUGGACAAAUGUGGCACAAAUUCUCAGCGCUGCACCAUUUUUCGCGGCGUAGCUCGACGGUGUUCUCCCGGUCGCUGGUGUUCAACCUCAUAACAGUGUACACGCCCGUACUGCUGCUGGCUGGAUCCAUCGUGACCUCGGCCAAGCAGAUCCUGAGUCCCAUACACUGCGAGGGAGAAGGCAAAGAUGGACUCAGCAAAGACUACGUGGAGACCUACUGCUACAUCGAGGGCACCUUCAACCUGUACAUGAAGCAGGCCGAGCAGCAGGUGAGACCUGGACACCUGCCGACGCGCCAACAGGUUAGCUUCGCCCAACAGGUUGGUAAAAAUGUUAUAUACCCAAACCUUGGUCAGUUUGUGGAGGGGCAGAGCUCUCGACGGGAGAUCUCCUACUAUCAGUGGGUGACCUUCUUCCUGCUAAUCGAAGCCCUCAUCAUCUAUCUGCCGAGGCAGAUCUGGCACCAGCUGACGCACAGCCAGUGCCUGCCCUUCGAUUUCACCAACCUCAGACGCCGCGAGGACUGGGAGGACAAGAAGAACUUCCUGGUGUGGCACAUGAAGCAGACCAGAGGCAACCACGAGUAUUGGCUGUGGCAAUACUUGCUCACCGAACUGCUGGCGAUCGCGCUCCUGGCUUCCUUCUUCAUCCUCACCGACGUGUUCUUAGGGGGCGACUUCUACAAUUAUGGGCUCGAUUGGUUUAACUUCAUGCACAACGCGACCAACACCACCAUCUCCCCAAUGACGGCUCGAUUUCCGCGCCUGACAGUUUGCAAGCUUCAGUAUCACAGCCGCGGAGGCACUAUCAACAGCUACUACCCGUUGUGCCUCCUUCCCAUCAAUUGUUUUAAUGAUAAAAUUUUCUUGUUCCUGUACUUCUGGUACUGCAUGUUGUUCGGGCUGUCUCUGCUGCGGGGGCUGUAUAUGAUGGUGCUAGUCACGUGCAAGCCAGCACGUCGUAUGCGUCUCAAGUUUAGCGCCAAAUUGGUGCCCGAAGACACGUUGGAUAGAUUCAUCAAUGCACACAAUCUCAGUGACUGGUUCGUUCUUUGCAACUUAGCACCGACGAUGGACCCGGUCCUCAUCGCAGAGCUCGUCACCCAGCUUGUCUACGAGGUACAAGGUGGAGAAAGUUCCGACUCCAAACCGUCCCGCCUUGGUAAGCAAGAAAAAUCGCUACAGUCUGUCAAUUACAUAUGAGAUUCAGCGCCGCGCACUUCCCCACACUCGCUCACACACUGCCUUCCCAAUGGCCAACCAACCUACGGGAUGCAUGGACACCCACAGCACCCCUACGGCCAGUAUCAUACUCGCUACCCGCCCCAGGUCCAGUUCGGGCUUGGUAGUGGCUACUCCAACGGCCACUGCGAGGCGUUGUAAGUGUGGUUGGCUCCUGCCUGGCCUCUAUGAGGUCCUCCAUCCCUCAAGCAAGGGGCCACGGCAGUGCAUAGGGCUCGGCCCAGCCCCCUUCGCCGCCACCCUACUGACGGACGGACGCCGCUCAGGGGGGCUGCAGAACCGCACCACGCAGGGGAAGGCGCCGCGCGACUCUCACACCACCUUGUUGGGGCCCGCCGCCCACCAAGCACCUGGUAGCAGUACUAGACCUUUCCGGCCGAGACGCUGUGGGGAUGGUGGGCCGCGCGGCUCCACCAUAGCAUCAGGAAUCAGUCACAAUGUCAGCAGCAGAAUAAAAGAAGAAGAAGAUGAUGAAGAAGAAGAAGAAGCAGAUCUCAAGAGCGUGGCCGAGCCCCGAGCUUUGCCAUGGGACCUGCCACCACUACCACCACCACAAUGCCAAAAAGAUGAUUGUGGGGUUCCUCGGGUGAUUGGAGGUGGCCACACAUUCCAACACACCAGGACCCUUUGCAACAACACACCCGCGCUCUGCGUUUCCAACAGGGGGCCUGUCAGUCAAAGUACCACCUUUGGAGUGAUCGAAGAAGUCCUCACCACCGCAUUCGUGUCGUUAUUACUGGCAAGACAGAAAAAUCAUUGUGAAGGGAUGCAGUAUCUGCAGAGGUCUUGGUCACUGUUGUCAUCGCAGCCUCAUCUCGAAAUCUCUCGACAGCUCUUGUUAAGUCGAAUUUUCAUAUAGUGAAUUUAAUCUUUAAAUGACUGUUUGUGUGUAUUUUAUAUGCUCGUAGGUUUAUCAUUUUUGCUUUAUCUAAGCUGUGUAGCAGACUGGUGAUAUUACGAGAAAGUGUUUUCUGUAUUUUGGGAGUAUUCAAGUAUUCUUCAGUACAGUAUUAUUCCAUGAACGGUCAUACACUUCAUCAAGAAAUGUAUCAGUUUUCCCAUUCAUUUUGCGUGUGGUUAUAGUGCUUCUUGUUCAAUAAACUCAAAAACAGAAACACAGUGGAAAUACAUAUAUAUAUAAAUAUAAAUCUAUAUAAAUAUAUGUUACUUUGUGGUUGUUGACGCGCCACAUUUAAGCUAUCAAGGCAACAGCGUGUGUCUCUGAGCAGUCUGACACUAGGCGUACCCAUGAAGCUGCUCCUGCUGCCUCUGCCGCCUCUGCCGCCAAUACCCACCACCUGCCCUGCCCACGUCGCCCGCCCGCCUCCAAGCCCACAACUGUCCUGACAGAUCCGGAGAAGAAGAAGAAGACACUUUGCAUCCUCGGAAGUCUGCACUGACGCGCAGCUGCUGCUGCUGCUGCUGCUGCUGUGGCAGCUGCAUCCACCUGACGUCUCGUGGCAGCAGCUGCUCCGUGAGUUGUUCAUCAAUGGCUGUAGGAGAGGCUUUGCCUACAGUCCACGGUAUGAGGAGGAACGAGGUGGAUGGCGGCGUGGGUUCAGCGAGCAGUUUGUGAGGCUUGGCUCAUGGGUCACCCACACCACUGCGGGCUUCCUGCUUUUCAGGGGGGCGCUCUUAGAUUAGGAUAACCACGGGACACACCCUUAGCCAUAAUAGUGUGACAAUUUUGCCAUGUGCCUCGUCAGGCAGAUUGGAUCUAUUGUGAAUGGACUUGUGCAAUUAUAGAGUUAAACAUAAGUUGACGUACCCACCGAGGUUCCGAAGUAGUGUUUUAGUCCCCAUAACUUAUUUCUAGGACAUCGACAUAAUGGCCGUUCUCUCCUUGUUAUUAUAAAUAAAUAAAGCCAAAGGGAGUCGGGCAGGACGGGCUGGGAGUCGGGGUCGCGGCAGGGUCGUCGCUCGAGGAAGAAGAAGAAGAAGCAGCAGAAGAAGAAGAAGAAAGGACUUGUGGACAAGAAAGGAGAGAGAAAGAGCGCUGGGUCUAGGAGACCCGAACCGUUCAUCAGUGCCCGGGACGCCUCUUCGGUCCGCCCCAGUCCGGCUGUGCCUAUACCCUUAAAACAAACACCUUCUCAGUCAGUCUAGGUUGUAGCCAAAGAAUAAUCAUCAUUCUGUUUCCUUGUCGGGCGGGCUGUCGUUCAGACAGGUGACUUAAGUGUUUAGACUUGUAUAAAGCUGGUUGUUUUCUCACAUACUUUAUGGAUUAUUAUUAUAACAAGAUCUUUUCUAUUGUUUUGUUGUGAUGUGCAUAUUUUAUAUGUACCAGAAUGUCUUUAUUCCCGGCUAGGUGAAAUUGAAUUUGACUAGAAUCAUAUUUAUGUUGUCUGUUCAAUAAGAUGUUUAUAUAUCCUAAAAGCAGAAUGUUAUUAGUUUUAGCUUCUUAAUGGAACUAAGCAUUACUUCUCUAUUACCGAAGAAAGUUACAGUAGGGAGUUGCUUAAUCAACACUUGCUUAGUUAACCUGUAGCCACUUGCAGUUUAGAGCUGUCUGUACCAUACCUCUCUCUCUCUCUCUCUCUCUCUCUCUCUCUCUCUCUCUCUCUCUCUCUCUCUCUCUCUCUCUUUCCGCCAUCUGGUUCUCGUCUCUCCAUCUCUGUCCCACACCUCCUUCCAACUUUCACCCAUUCCUUCUUCCAACUUUCACCCAUUCCUCCUUCGAACUUUCACCCAUUCCUUCUUCCAACUUUCACCCACCAUCUUAAUUCCAAUCAUCCUCCGGCGGGUGUUGUUCCAAGGGCACCAUCCGUCGGCGUGAGGAUCAAGAGGCCCUCGACUUGCCCCCUUGUUGUGUAUGUAGAAAUGGGACCUUUUGUAUUCGAGCUGCCAAGAAGCGCGUGUCACAAGAACUUGGUGCCACUGUUGUUGAUAGUUUUUCAUCACAAAUUCAAUGAUCUUAGAGAAUAGAGUAUCAAGUAUAUAUAUAUAUAAAUAUAAAUAUAUAAAUACAUAUAAAUAUAUCAUCGUAAGUUGAUCCUCCUUUCAUCAUUUGUACCUAAGCCUUUCUGUCUGUCUCUCUCACUCUCUCUCUUUCUCUUCUCUCUCUCUCUCUCUCUUCUCUCCCAACCCUCGGCCUAGAAUCUGUAGCGUGAUGUUCCUUCCACCCCCAACCCAAGCCCCGUCCCCUAAAAACACCCCCCUCACCCCGCUUCCCCCCACCAUCUUUUGAUGAUGAUUUGAAUCUUUCCGCGUUCACCAGUUCCCCUGAGACACAUCAACCCUCUUCCCCCUCUCGGUCAUCAGCGCAUUUUCUAGGACUAUAAAGUGGCACCAUCUUCUUAUGUCCCCCAAAUAUAUAACAGAUCUCACUGUCAGCCCUGCUAGGGGGGGUCAGAUGCAUGAAACCUCUAUAGUCAGUCUUGCUGCGAGAUUUAAAACUGUCACUUGAAUGUUCUCCCGUUUCAUAGAAGUCUUUUUUUUCUAUUUUAUUUAAUACUCUGAUCUUCGAGAAAGGGAGACCUACUCAGAUCGUGUCUGGGCUAACUUCUGGGCUAACUUGGAAUGCUUUUCAGGGUGGUAUCACAGACUCAACCUCACUGCCUGUCUCCUCAAAAGUUUCGGUGCCCCUUUUCCUUCAAGUAAAAGUAGUUUUAUUGUUUUUGGGGGGGUUAGUUAAAUCGGAACUCCAAAACAAAAUGUCUUGAGGGAUUGUCUCAAAUCAAUCGGUCAGUCAUUUUCAAAGAACGAUAAUUAAAGAGACUUAGGCCUAUUUGUGGUCAUGUUGUGGUGUGAACAUGAGCUAUCUAAGCCUUUGUUGAAAAUUCCUUUGCAGUUCGUAAUAAUAAACCCAUUUUUCAAUUCAACGUAGGACUGUUGGUGCUUUGUAUCAUAACCAGAUAGUUUUAAGACUAAUUUUCCUUUUUUUUUAGAUAGAAAUCCCCCUACCCCACCUCUUCUCUUGACUCUGUUUUGCCCCCAGUACCAGAAAGCUGACAUCAGCAAUGUUCAUGUGAAUGAUUUCUCGACCAUUUUUUGAGGACAGCAAUUUCGUUAAUUGGGAAAUAAAGGGGACAGAUUUCACUUCUGAAAUCGGGAGGGGUCCUGUUGAUUGGUAAAAAAAAUAAAUAAAAAAAAACAAAAGCCAAAAGAGUAGAAAGCAAGAUUGACCAUAAGGUUGCAAAGCACAAGAUGGGGGUUGACAGUGACGAUAUUGAAGACAGUUAAUGAUAAUCAUGACGUUGAUAAUAAUUAAACGCAGCCAUUUUUUCGUGGUUUAAUCCAGUAAUGGAGUCUAGACUAAAGUUUAAAAAAAAUAUUCAGGGUAAGACCUCUCGCUACGAGAAAUGUAAAAAUAUAUUAUAAUAAAAACACUAAAACCAAAACUGAAACUUUUUCGGCUUCUGUAAAAUAUAAUAAUAAUAAUAAAAGGCGAAAACUGACAUUUGUGGCGGUCAUCAAAUCACUUGGGGUUGUUUUACUCGAACGUUUCAUCUCAUUGGCCCGCGCCCUCAGCUGACCUGAGCAAGGAAGGCGCUGAUUGGUCAGCUGAUGUCCUGGCCAUUACUUAAAAAAAUAAGAAAAAAUAAAAAAAUAGCCACAUCACCUAUACUAAACACAGCCACAUGCGAUUUUUUGAAAUGGCAGACAAACCAACAUACAAAAGAAAUCAAUUGUUCUCUAAGUAUGAACUGUUAGACCUUGUAUUGUUAUAACUUUUGUGAUCACCUAUUAGAAGGUACUGUUUCCAAUUGCUUCGGUAUAAUCCUGUUUUAUAGGUUCAGUAGACAGAGACAGGGACGUUUUUAUAUAUACGUGCAGUAUUAUAUAUAUAUACAUAUAUUAUAUAAAUACACUUAUAUACACUCAUAGGAAACUUCAGGUGACCUUUAGUUGUAAACAUUUGAGUCCGGGAUUCAAUGGCUUCUCAGUCGGGGAAAGGGACGAGUCAACCAGAUAAUCUGGAGGAGACGUUAACACAGACCAGGGUAGACCUGUGGAGGGCGAAGAAGCCCUUAGCUCUCGCUCCUGGGUGGGAUGCGGUAGGAUCCCAACUGCUGCUGCUGCCCCCUGGGAGGCAGUGGGACCCCAGAGGGAGGCGUUUCAGUCCCCUCCAUCACGAAUGGAGGGGCGAGAAGGAGGAAGAAGAAGAAGGAACGCCGUGGCGUCAAGUUCUGCAAGCGAUACCCCUGCGCUGAAGUGGGCUCAGCGAGAGAUCCCUUUUUUUAACUUGAAGAAAAGAUAUUUUUUGAUUGUGUGUGUUUUUUUAAAUCCAUUGGCUAACGUUUCAUUGUGCGUACAAUUGAAGCGAGUUUUGCGCUCUGUUCAUUUUGACCCGUAGACUUAUAGUAAGUACUUUUCAAAAUUUCAGAAAGACGGCCCUCCUAAAGGGUAGUAUGCUAGAUUUAUGGUUACUUUUUGUCCCCUUUUUCUCUCUCUCUCUUUUUCGGUCACUGUUAUGACAGGGAUAAGUACUGAGUGGUGUCGCUCUGAUGUCCUUCGGGAUGUUUUGAAGUAGAUGAUUUGUAGAUGACUUGCUCUUCAAAGAUUCAGUUAAUUAGGACUACUUACUUCUAUUUAGCGUAAGACAUUUUCAGGGGGAAAUAAAAGAGGAAUACUUUCCAUGUCUUGGAUUUAGCCUUUGUGGAAUACCGAAUUGGACUUUUUGACGUGUGGGUCUGGCCACAGCCCCGUUCGUUAGCGUAAAUUAGGUGCUAUUUUGCAUAUGGAGGAAGAAGAAGAAGAAUAAGUAGAAGAAGAUUUAAAAAGCCGCUCUGCUCUUUGACCACUCUCUUGUCAGUAGUCCCUGGGCACCUCUCCAUUCGUCUCUGUCUAUUGCACCCGAGAUUGCCCCCAAUUAUAUAGUCAGUUACUAAGAGGACGAAGCACCGAGCUGUAACUUUGCAUUUCUAGAGGCAAUAAGGACAUAUAGUUAAUAUACUGUAAAGUUCUCGUGUUGCAAAUUUAUUAAAUAAAACUGAGAAACUGCA